CAGCGCGCGUCUGGUCUACGCGCGAUACCACACUCCUUAGGUGUAUAGCUCCGCAUACGAUAGUCGCAGACAUGAGGUUCUUCCCUGUUUCUGCGGCCGCCCUCAUUGCUGGCCUCGUGUCGACAACGGUGGCCCAGACGCACACGGACUGUAACCCGCUCAACACGACAGGAUGUCCCGACAUGGAGGCGCUUGGCGGCAACGUGACGUUCAACUGGAACAAGACGGGUAUCCCCCAGGACGGCAAGAUCUGGAAGUUGCCCAACCAGGGCAAAAUCGAUUGGGUUGAAAAGGGCGCUACUUUCACCAUUGAACGAUCGGGCGACUCUCCCACAGCCAACUCCGUCUUCUACAUGCUCUUCGGGCGCGUCGAGAUCUUUAUGAAGGUGGCUACCGGCACUGGAAUCAUCUCGAGCGCCAUUCUGCAGUCCGAGGCACUCGACGAGAUUGACUGGGAGUUCCGCGGCGACAACAAAACGAUCCUCACAAACUAUUUCGGUAAGGGAGACACGUCGUCUUAUGACCGUGGCAAAGACUUUGAGCUCGAUUUCUCGCCCCAGGACGACUUCCACAACUACACAAUCGACUGGACCAAGGACCGCAUCGAGUGGUGGGUUGACGGCCAGAAGAUCAGAACACUUACGCCCGACGAGGCCCAGGGAGGCAAACGCUACCCCCAGACGCCCAUGAACAUCCGCCUGGGUUCAUGGGCUGCCGGUGAUCCCAAGAAAAACGACCCCGGUGUCGUUGAAUGGGCUGGUGGCGUCACCAACUUUGACCACGGCCCAUACACAAUGACCAUCCAGUCUGUAUACGCCCAAGACUACACGAGUGCUGCCAAGUACUCAUGGGAGAACAUGGACUCUACUGGCGACUGGCAAAAGGUCAAGGUUAUCGAGGGAAAGUCUGAAGUGCUUGAGGAGAUUGAGUCACCGCACGGCGUCAGGAACCGAUUCCACGCUCUAUCCCCUGGUGCCAAGGCUGGCAUCGUCAUUGGUGUUCUUUCAGCAGUUGCCAUUGGGGCACUUGGCUUGCUGUUCUAUUGCAUCAAGCAGCGCCGCCAAGGCAAGAGGGAGCACCAGGCUCUCCUUGCUGAGGAACAGAAAGAGACGGCGGAGUUGAACGAGUACAGGUCCCAAAUGGACGCUGGCCGAUUCGCCGUUGGGAGCCGUCACGCCUAGAAGUCUAGAAGCUAAGGGAAUGGCGCCUAGUUGAGAGUUGCAGUUUGUACAGUCUGUAUUCUGUAAUAGUAUGGGUUUUCUUUGCGGCCAGUGGCCUGCAGCGUCUGUUUGCGAUGCUGCCGUUUCCUUGUAAUGUACUUGUCACGGUUUGUUGCUUCAGGUGUGCACAUACCUACAUACACACGUAGACACAAUUAUACCCUUGGUGUUUUG